UGACCGAGGGGGUUGGGCCGCUUGGAGCAAGCGGUGAGCUGCAUGAGUUUGUAAUGUCCGCCAUGUUGGCCAUGGCGUAUUGAACCGGGGAGGAACAGCGGAGCGUAGGAGCAAAAGAGACCGAUAGAGAGCGACCGAGAACCGGGCCCGCCCGGCUCUGUUCGCGCUACUACGGACCUAAGCCCGCCUUUAAUCGACCGACUGACUGAGACCGUCACAGAUUUAUCCAUGAGAACUCGAAACAGGCCUGCUAUUACUCCUAGCAGAGCGAAUAGAUUUAUGCUGCAUCUUUUAUAAUAAAAAUGAGUAAAUUGUCGUUUCGGGCACGGGCGUUGGAUGCUAGUAAGCCCCUGCCCGUUUUCCGCUGCGAGGAUUUGCCGGACCUGCACGAAUAUGCAUCGAUCAACCGGGCAGUACCGCAGAUGCCAACUGGGAUGGAAAAAGAGGAGGAAUCGGAGCACCAUCUCCAGAGAGCCAUCUCGGCACAGCAGGUCUAUGGCGAGAAGCGGGACAACAUGGUUAUUCCCGUCCCCGAGGCAGAGUGCAACAUCACGCACUACGAGUCCCUCUACCCCGGGGAGUUUAAAAUGCCAAAGCAGCUUAUUCACAUACAGCCUUUCAGUUUGGAUACAGAGCUGCCAGACUACGACCUAGAUUCAGAAGAUGAGACGUUUGUGAAUAAGCUGAAGAAGAAAAUGGAAAUCACUGCCCUGCAGUUUGAGGAAAUGAUAGAUCGACUGGAGAAAGGCAGUGGGCAGCAGCUUGUUAGUCUCCAGGAGGCCAAACUGCUGUUGAAAGAGGACGACGAGCUAAUCAAGGAGGUGUUUGACUACUGGAGCCGUAAGAGGAAAACCAGCAAGGGUGGCUGGCUCAUCUCUAAUGUCAAACAGGAGAAGAGGGAUGGAUCUAGCACCAGCGACCCUUAUGUGGCCUUCCGCCGACGGACAGAGAAGAUGCAGACCAGGAAGAAUCGAAAGAACGACGAGGCGUCAUAUGAGAAGAUGCUGAAGCUGCGCAGAGACCUGAGCCGAGCCGUCACCAUCUUGGAGAUGAUCAAAAGGAGGGAGAAAAGCAAGAGGGAACUGCUGCAUCUCACUCUGGAAAUAGUAGAAAAGAGGAACACGAUGCCAGAUUUUGGCAGUGAGGUGAUGGCAGAAGCACUGGCACAGCGGGCUCUGGUGAAACCUGUCUACACCAUCCCCAUCAUUCCCCUCUCCAAUAGUAACCAGUGCAGACACCAGGACCACUUGGAUAUGAAGGACUACAAGAAACCUGAGAAGACAGAGACAGUACGAACCAAAAGGAAAAAUGAAAAGAAACCCAAAAUCCCUCCACUGUCAGCGCUUCAACAUUCAGGGCCCUCUGUUUUCAGUCCCAAGGACCUCAACCAGUAUGAUUUCCCCAGCUCAGAUGAAGAACCAUUCUCACAGAUCCAUUCAGGUUCCUCAGAGGCAGAGGAGGAGAAUGACCCAGAUGGCUGCUAUGUGUUCAGGAGGAAGGCUGGCUGUCAGUAUUACGCUCCUCGGCCAGACAAGAGCGGCAGUUGGCCGUGGGUGAGCCCAUCAGAAGGCGGACUUGGUGACCCCCGCUUCCGCUACUGUCUGACCUCUCUCAACAUGCCACGGCGAUGCAUAGGUUUGGCCCGACGCCGUGUGGGAAGAGGGGGCAGGAUCUUAUUGGACAGGGCACACACAGAUCUAGACAUCUGCCAGAGCCUGGACUCCGACCCAGAGCCUGAACCACUCGCCUCGCCACUUCCAAGCUUUCCGCUCCGCCACUCCAACACCAGUACCUCAGAAACCAAUACCUCUACAAAUUCCUCCCACUGUCCUUCAUCUUCAUCACCCUUGUCGUCAUCAACACCCAUGGACCUCAGCCAGAUUCUUUUGAACAUUAAAUCUUGCCGCUGGAGGCACUUCAGACCACGGACGCUAUCCCAUCACCUUUUGGGUGGAGACUUGUCUCGCAGAGGAUUUAGGGAUUUAAGCCGGACUAUGUCGGGACUAACCCGGACCCUUUCUGGAGCAGUCACCUCUCAAAGCCGUACUGGCCCCGGCACCGCUCCUGUCAACGUGUUCUCAGCUGAGCAGUACCAGCAGCAUCAGGAGCAGCUGGCUCUCAUGCAAAAACAGCAGCUGGCACAGAGCCAACAAGCCCACGCCCCAGCAACAACCACCACCAACAUACAGGCACUUGUGUCCAAGACUCUGGACCAGGCCAGUGCCCAGUUUGCUGCUUCUGCCCUCAUCACCACAGAUAAACUGCUGGCUUUCAAAUCCAAAGAGGAGUUGGUGCUGGCAAGUGGAGUCAACGGAGUCCUGGCAGGUGCAGGGGUUUUCAAAAAUUUGCACCUCACCAGCACCACGGCACCCCUUCACCAGGCCAACCAGUCGACGCACACUACCACGGUCCCAGCCCCGACUUUCCUCCAGCCCUCCUCCAACUCGGCCACGCCCGGCAACGCCGUCCCUACGUCCCUUAACUCCAACGCCAGCGCCCAUGCAGCAGCUGCGCUGGGGCUCCUGGGAUGCAGCGCUGCCGGUGCCACCCCCACCACCACUCAGGUCCUCAUCGGGAACAACAUCUGUCUGAGCGUGCCAUCGGCCGCCAGCCUCGCUGGACGUCACAUCCCCCGGACCCUUGGCAACGUGCCACCCUCUGCCUUAAAGCUGUCCACCACCACCAAUCUGCAGAUGCCCAAAGUCUCUGGAGCACCGUCCAUUGACAUGGGCUCCAGGGAUAAUCACGAUGAAGACAAGCCAGCACUGAACAGUAUAGCAGACAACACGGUGGCGAUGGAGGUGACGUAGCAGUGCAGUGGAAGAGUCUGCUCACUGCUCUUUAGGUGCUGUGCAUCGUAGCAUCGGGGAUGCAAAAGGGACAGCAGGACUCAGAUGCAGGCUGGCUGAAUGACGGACGAGUGGCUGCAGCCGCUCGCUUGCAAUUCUCAUCUCUCAUACUUUUUAAACUGUUUUGCUUUUGUUUUUUGUUACUGUUAAAAGUAAAAUAUUGACUCAUGUAAAUUAUGAAUAUGGCAAAAUUAGUAUCUGUACAGUAACUACAUAUUUGUAAUAUCCCCGUGUAUAUAUAUUACUUGAAUACAGAACUGUCCAUUUGUGAUGUUUUGCACUUGGGAGUCAAAAAAAAAAAAAAAAAAGUAAGCCAAGUUAACUUGUGGCGAGUGUGAGAGAUGUGAGAGUUGUAUAGAGAAGAGUUUUAUCACAUCAUGUGCAUGGUGCGAAGCCUGCUGUUUAUCUAUUUAUUGUGCUGUGUUUACGGUUUUUGUUUUGUUUUUGGUUUGGUUUGUUUUGUUUAGUUUUUUUUUAUUUGUACACUGUACCUUUGUUGGUUCCUGUGCUGUAGUAAAUGUUAGGUAGCUACGGACUCCUGGGUAUUUUUGUAUAUUGUGAACACAAAGCAGGCCCCCACCCCCACUCCAUGUUUAUUUUGGGUCUCUGUGCUUCUCUCUGUGGAUCAUAUGAAAAUCAGUGGUGACAUACAUAUAGACCAGGGGGCCUGAAGAGCCACAAGGGGUGAUGGAGCCCUGGGGGAGGAACACCUCUCUUCCAAAAAAAAAAAAAAUAAAGUCCCAAACACAAGUAACAGAGAUGAAGUCUCUUCCCAGAAGUGUCUGCGGCUUCUGAUUUAAGCACUAUUUUUCACCACAUUUUCUUUUCUUUGUUUAUUUUGGUUUUUGAUAAAUAUCAAUGCUGCUUUUGUAUUUGUUUUGAAAGGGGCUGUCCGUCAUUUUAUGUAUCAGUGUCCCCUUUUUAUUUGUUUAUUUUUUUGUAAAACAAAACUGGUUAUUUUUGUAUUUUCCAUUUUUUGUGGUAAACUUGAUUGUAAGCGUUUCAUUUAUUGAAAGACUUCAUUCUUUUGUUAAUUUGUUACUUGUUCAUGCAAAGGUGAUAAGGGAGGUGAAUGGGCAGUAAUCACUGUACGUGUUUCAUCAUUCCAGUUUUUAAUAUAAAAAUGCUAAUGAGGGGUCAGAGGGGGUAUGAGGACAUGAUUUCCCCUCCUUUUUUUUAAGUUCUUUUUUUCUUUGAAAAAAGAAUCUCCAGACGGCUGCAAGGCCAAAAACCACAAGUAUUGGGUGCCUUCCUUUGGGGAAUUUUAUGUACUCUCUUCUGUGAAGAGUUAGGCACAAAGGCAGCAUUACUUAGUAGUGCUUUGCGCCUUUGUAAGAAUCUGAAUGCCCAGCCCAAUGGCAGGAUAUAUCCUUGAGGUUUACUUGUCCCACCUGGAGGCUGAAAAGACUAAAAAAAAUGUGACAGAACUCUCACUAAAAUAAAGACAAUAAAGCCCAGGGCAUUAAAUGUGAA